AUGUAUAUGGUGAAUUCGGCCCUGCUUUAAUGGUUUCCUCCAUAGAAAGCUACAAAGUGAGAGUGCCGUGUGAGAUUGAGUGAAAUCAAAUAACAAUGUUUUUACCCCUGGAAAAAGAAAACAAGAUGACUUGUGGUUGGGAUAUCCUUGUUUUUAUACCCACGUUUCGUGACACUUGCAGCACAUAAUGUUCACAAAAAUUAGGUGGUUAAAACCUAACCUAACCUACUUCAGUAAACGCAACAGCAGUGAAAUACUCUGUGACACGUCAGUUCACAUGUUUACUCCUAAAUAAAAGUACACAGUUAUUGGCUUUGAAAUAUACUCAAAUCACCCAAAGUAAAAGUACUCAAGAUGUAUGAUUGGUGGCAGCAGCUCAGUCUGUAGGGACUUGGCUUGGGAUUUAAAGGGUUGCUGGUUCAAGUCCCGAUUGGACCAAACAAAAGGAGUGUGGACUGGUAUCUGAGGUGUCGGUUCAUCUUCUGGGCAUUGCUGAGGUGUCUUUGAGCAAGAAACCAAACCUCCCAAAUGGCACCGGAAAAACCUGGAAGCCACUUUGCUCUGACACCUCUCCAUAGAAAAUAUGUAUGUGUUGUGCAUAUCUGAAUACAUGUGUGUGUUUGUACUGUGUGUCUUCAGCAGCAGAGUGAACAAAGGGUUGUAUUCUUCUUCAUAUUGGCUCUUAUAUUGUACAAUGUGCACAUUUGUACUCUAAGUUCCCCAUCUCUGUGUUUGUCAUAUGGAUGAAGUAGAGAAGAAAUUACAAUUUGUCUUCCUGAGUUGUCAAAGAAUAAAGUUAUUUUGAAAUACUCAAUGUACAAGUACAUCAAGCUAAUUCUAAAUCCUCUGUUGAUUGUAUAUACUCUGUUACUAAGUAAAUGUAUACAGUACUGUUCCUUUAGUAUGAAUAUAUAAAUAUAUUGAUAUCAAAAUACACGUCAAGUACCAAAGUAAAGAUUGUCUUGCCUUCAUUUUCAAAUCAUACAGUUAAAUGAUAUGGUUAUUAUGUCUUAUAUGUCGUCACAGCUGGUAAAGGUGAAGCUAAUUUUUAUACAUAUGUAUACUGCUGCUGGAUGUCUUAACCUAUAAUUAUGUAAACUUGUAUUUAUUAUAUAUUCUAUUUGAGCUGAAUCUGUAAAGUUAAUAAAGCAGUCAAAUCAUUUUAGUGGAGCAAAAAGUACAAUAUUGUCUUAAGUGUAGAAGAAGCAUAACGCAUACAAUAUUAAGGCAAGGUAAGGUAUACGUUUAUUUAUGUAGCACAUUUUCAGACACAGAGCCAAUUCUUUACAACACUUACUAAUAAGACACCAGAAAGGAAUACAAUAAAUAACCAUAAUGGAAUAACAGAUUCAUAAAAACCAUGCAUAAAAGAGAUACAGAAUAGUCUAAUAUAAGUAACUCUAAAUGUACUUCAGUAAAUCUUUUUCCCAGGUUCACUUUGUGACUGGAUCUGUGGCUGCAGGUUAAACAUGUAACCUGUUAGAUUCCUCUGAUAUGUAACCAGUAUGUUUUUGUCCACUUCUCCUGGAUGGAGCGCAGUUUGAUCUCAUUGGUCAGCUGCAGCCUGAGCCGGAUAUAAAGCCCGGAUCUCCGCAGCAGAGACCGACUGAAGGCGCAGAGCAGCGCCGCGCAGCGCACAGCUUACCGUGGAGAAAAUACCUGUUGCCACGGAGCGAGUGGACUAAGACGAGUUAGUGUCUUCUACUCACCUGACUGCUCUCCACACACCCACACCUCCCACAGUCCGGUGGGACCAUGUGGGUUCUGGAUAAGAUCCGCGGCUCGGUGGAGACCAGCGUGCUGCGUCAGGGCGAUAACGCAGAUAGGAAAGGCGUCCCCUACAGCAACGUCCUCACCCCGGACCAGAUCCCGGACUUCUUCAUUCCUCCGAAGCUGGUCAGCGGCGCCCCGGAGCCAGAGCUUCUUCAAGUGAAACCCAAAGAGACUCUUCAACCUUCAGCAGCGUUGGAGCAGAGUAAUGGCGGCGGCAGGAAGAUCAGCAGCCCGAGGAGUCCCCGCCUGGUGGCCAAGAUCGCCGGCGACACCAAGAACCUUCUGCGAGCCGCGAACCGCCACAUCAUCCAGAUCGAGAGCGCGGACGAUGUUGGCGACACCAACGCAGACCCUCAGUCGCAAACCGCCAUGUCCCUGCCUUACGUUCCCAAGACUCAAACACCGUACGGUUUCGCGACGUUGAAGGAAAGCCCUCACACUCGCCGCAAAGAGUCGCUUUUCCACUGCGAGCUCAGCAGCCCCAUCUCCUCCCCGAACACCCAGAGGAGGACCCACGGGAGGAGCAGCGAUGCGGGGAACCAUCUCAACCCCGCCGACUGCAACAGCUCCCACAUGAACCCGUACCGCUACUUCAGCGGAGGCGAGAGCGACACCUGCUCCUCCGCAGAGUCCUCGCCCUUCAGCUCUCCGUUGCUUUCCCGCUCGGCCUCGCUGCUCAAGAUCUUCACGCAGGAGACCCAGGCCAAAGUCGUGAAGGUCAAGCGGACGUUCGCUCGCCAUAGCUCCCUCUCCACUGAUGAGUGCAGCUCGGCAGAACCAAGCCCCAACAUCCAGCGGCGGCUCCACGGUCCUUCCUUCGGUGGGGCUGGGCUGUCGGACCACCAUCGGGAACACACCGUCAACCUGCACAAAGGUGGGACGAUGAGGAUCAGCGCCAACUACGACGCCGGCACCUCCCGCCUGCUGAUCCGCGUUCUGGCCGCGGAGAGUCUCUAUGACAAGCACUUUGACAUCAAGAGCAUCAACUGCUGCGUGUCCGUGUACCUGAACCCGGGAAAGAUGCAGAAGCAGAGGAGCAACAUCAUCAAGAACAGCCGCAACCCGGUGUUCAACGAGGACUUCUUCUUUGACUCCAUCAGCGCCGUGCAGGUGAAGAAGCUGUCGGUGAAGUUCAAGGUGGUGAACAAAGGCACGAGUCUGAAGAGGGACAACCUGCUGGGGGAGCGAGAGGUGCUCCUGACCAAGCUGCUCUCCGGGGUGUAAAGCACCUGGAGGUCAGAGGGGGGGGGGACACAGAUUGAACGACAAAUUAGAUGUAUGCACUGGUUUCUACUCAUACUACUGUUUUUAUUCCAAUAUAUGUAAACAGAGUGGACUUUACGAUGAAGAAGAAGUAUUGAAAUAGAGACUUUCUUUUUACACCAGUCAUCAAAGGAAACUUGAUGUAAGGAUUUAUGGUGUUGGACGUUUCCCUGGUUCCUUCUGCUCAUUAAACCCAGCCUGGCUCGACAGCAGCAGAUGAAUUUCACAGAUGAAAGCCAACCCUCUAGCCCACUCCCUUGACUGGUUCAAAGGUUGCACAACAUCUGUGCAUCCAUCGCUGCCCUGCACUACUGUGUUCCUCGUGGUGUUUAUCAUUCUAAUGGGACAUAAAUCCACAGCAGCGCAGGAUGUGAAGCUACACUAUCUGCGCGGCGUGUUCGGCACAAAGAUGCUUUUGUGAAUCAGAGCUUUGAAGUGGCACUACAUCCUGAUGUGCAAAUGAACCUUUGAUCCCAGUCCUCCUGCAUGGGUGGGCGUCAGACAAACAAUAGGCACAUUUACAUGCAGAUCUGAAAAAUGAUUAUAAUGCAAAGCCCUAAUUGCCACAAUCUGUCAGUAUAGUUAUUAACGGGAUGAAGAGUUCCAGGAAAUGUCUAGGUUGUGCCUGUUAUUUUAACAAAGCGUUAAAGUAAAGGUUCCCGCAAACACACGUUUUAUUUAAGUCAGUUGUUCUAACUUAAAUGAAUUGUGUGAAUCCUUGAGGUGUAACUUACUUAUAAGUUCAAAUCCUGCAUUGUUUACUUCCUAGUUUGCUUUGAAGCGAUCGUCUCCUUGACAGCAUCUGUGGGUGCAUUGAUACGUUUUGAAUUUAGCAGAACAUUGAAAAACCAACGAUAGAAUGAGGAUUGCUAAUUGAAAAUAACUACGUUUAUUUUUCUUGAAACCUGCGCAGGAUUGUUUUACCCGUUUUAUCUUCCAAGUUGUAUUACAAGCUAAAUACAAAUAAAAGGUUGCUACUCGUGCAACAUUGAGAGACUCGUUUACAAACUAGCUAAUUUCUAUUGGAAACAGGUCCAAAUAUUCUUACCGCCCUUUGUAUUUUCUAUAAAAUCUAGGUUUUCAAAACUCAUUGUCCAGAAUAAGUUCACACAGGCUGGAGGAAUCUGGAGCUGAAAGGAAGAACAUAUGAUAAACGUUCCCUCAUUUCAAUUUCAGUUUGGCUGAUGAGAUAUUUGGAGCCUUUUGAGGAACCUGUGAGCACGAUCCACUGCACCCUGUCACGAAGGCCUCAUUCACUGUGGGCACCUUGAUUAAAUCUCGUGCAACCAGGCAACGAGCUCUCGCCUCGUCUUCACUCUGCAUUCAGACCGGUUCCAUAACGCCGUCUUAUUCUGCACAGACUCACAGUCCAAGAUGAUUACUUUAGUUUCCCUUUUUUUCAGGCAGUCACGCAGCCUCAUUGAAAUCUGCCUCUCCAACCUUCUUCUCUAAAGCACUUCACAUAUUUCCAGUUGUUGGAUAAUUUUGAUCUCAAUGGGACAAGAAAUUAGCUGAUUAAAAAGCUACACUUGUCUGUCAUGUAAAGCGAAUUUAACAGUCGGCCAUUUAUGCAACCAGUGCCGCUGCCUUAGUCCCAGUAUUGGCAGAUACAGUACCUGUGUGCAUGUUAAUGUAUUAAAUGUCUCAUAUGAGAAUAACAGAGCACUGUAGUAACAGUUGCAUGGCACACAUGUCACUGACAUACUGGUGUUUGCAUGAAAUGUUCAAAGUGUGAUGAAACCCUAAAGCCUUACGAUGUAUAUGUGUGUGUGAGAAUGAGAGAAAGUGUGUGUGUUUUGAUUAGCAUGACAUUUUGUCCUAUGUUUUCUAUGUACGACAUGUUUUGUAAAAUGCUUUUGUUGGAUUUGUACUGUAUAUAUAUCUACAUAAUGUACUAGCUUCUACGAUUGUCAGCCAAUUAUGCACCAGCGAGUGAGCAGUGAUCAUGAGAGGCAUUUUAAUUACGCCUGUUUCAACUUUAAUUACGCCCAAGGGGAAGAGGUAGAAAUGUCAAGAGUCAAAUAAGGAAAACAAGGUAACGAGGAAGACAAUAUUGAGUGUUUUGACGUAAAAAGCAGCUCUUUGGAUUAUGAGAGCAGACAGAAAAUAAAUCAGAGACAUCACAGAGAUGCAAAUUACUGAGGCGCCUCACACACAAAGAGCCUUUCUCUCACCUGGUGAUUGUCGCUCCCUUGUAGCACUGUUGUUGAUAUGCUCUCUCUAUAUAUUCGUUAUACACAGUGAAACUGCUGGUCGGCUUUGUUUUGGUGUGAAAGUCAGUGAUCUGUUUCCUGCUCGUACAGUUAUAGCAUGACUAACAUACUUCAGUGGUGACUUUCAGUGGAUUCAUAUCGUGCAGUGGUGAGUCCAAUGUGCUCUGAUUCUAGAUGAAGAUUUACUGCUGACACAAAUGUUUUUUACACCUGAAAUAUUGUUGAUUCAAAUAGAGUUCUGUUUUGUAUUAUUAGAAACAAUUGCUUAUGUGGCUUAUCAUUUAAUAGAAUGGAAAUGCAGAGAGGAAAACAAUAAACAGUAAUCUGAUUACCUCUGCUUACAUAUCUGAAGUCAUAUUAGGAGGUUAUAUCAGCGUUACACCUUUUUAAGUCUAAUGCGUUUCAAUCACAAUGAAGACUGACAGAUGGAAGAAAGGGGCCCUAUUCUGCUCAUUUUCAGGUUCAGGUUCAUAUUUGUAUUUAGUGUCUCUACUGUGACAUGUUUCCAUGCUUUAAUGUUAAUGCAGCACCUCUUUUCACCCUCUGUCUGAAACCAGAGCCCAGUCUGCUCUGAUUGGUUAGCUGGCAUGCUCUGUUGUGAUUGGUCAACCGCUUAGGGAUGUCCCGCCACUUAGCUUAUCACGUACAAUGUGUUGGAGCGCUGGCCAAUAGGAGCGUGGGUGUUACAUAGUGAUGUCACUAUUUUACGGAUGUAAACAAAGAAGUCCAAUUGAGGCGUUUCAGGCAGGGGGGGGGAGUGUGUCGGAAACCCCCAAAAGCAUUACAUUUGACAACUUUUGUCAAAACAUUGGAUUUAUUGAAUUGGUUUGUUCACUUCUGAUUGCUCUGUGGAUAGAUUUUAAGCUGAGCCGGAGGUUUACCACAUAUAUCUAUACAUAUAUUUAAUAAUGUUAAGAGCAGAUUACUCCUGAUAAGCACACUUGACUGCUUCUGAGAAAACACACAUAAAAAACAAACGGUUUAAAAAUGAUGAUGAUUUUGAUUCUUAUCACUGUUGGGGAAAAAAGGUUUUGCCAUUGGAAACAAUGUUGUUGCAACCAAGAAAAAUGAUCCUCUGUUUGAGUAGACAUUUCAUUUCUAUUGUACUUUCUACAACAAUACUGAAAUAAUAUGCCUACCUGCACCUUUAAAGCUAAUUAACAAUGCACUAUAUUGGGUGAAUUAAUUAAUACACACUAAAUUAUAGCCUUGACACAAUUGUGUUUUCAAGCCCCCUAAAUGUUAAGACUAGUUACCAUUGAAUUUAAUCUGAAAUGCAAUUCAAGAUUUUGAAUUGCAGUUUAAUUUGUUACAAUUCCAACAUUACAUAUUUCUGUUGUUAAAUUUGAAUAAAAGUCACAUAUUUUUUGUUAUCAUUUUGACAAAUAAGAAAUAAAUUGUUGAUAUUUUUAUUAGAAACUAGUCAAAAUUGCAUUAUGGAUCAUACUGUCAGUGGGCUUGAAUACUAACGAGUCAAAAAGCAAUUGUUGAUGCAAUUAAUGCUCCUGAUUACAUGUUGAAAUCUUUGCAGGUGUUCUGAUAUUGUAAAAUGUGGACGUGUUUGUCAAGCUUACAACCAACAAAGCAAUCAGGAUUCUCCCUCUGAGAAACGUAAUGGUAACGAACCAACAAACAGACACCAUUAUUCCCAGAGUCACGAACAUUGUGUGGUCAAAACAAGGUUGUUUAUUUAAAAUGUUGAUCUUUGUUUGGCAACGGGGGAAUUACAGGAAUCACCUUUCCUGUCAUCCUGCUGCUGGGAAAUCCGCUCGUAUCUCCGCACUCAAUAGCUGUUUAAUUGAAUAGGGAGAGACUUGACUGAUAACAUUUAAAAUGAGAAUUGAGUAAAGUGUGAGUGCCGCUGUGUGUGAGAGUGAUGGAUGUUGUUUUUCAUUGACGUUUAAAAUAUAUUGUACAUAGGCUCGAGUCUGAAUGUCUUGGCAGGAUCUCUCUGAAAAAUGAAAAGUGCUUGUCCUUUACUUGACACCGAAAUCUUUCAUUUAUUUCCAGACGUAGAUGAAGACGCUGUUGCUGUUUUCUGUUGUGAGUCUGGAUUGUGCAGCUAGAUCCCUUUUUUUUACUGUGAUGCUACAACCUCUGACUGUCUGCUUGUAUACUUGUGGAUGUGAAAAACUUUAAUUAAAGGAAAAGUUCUACAGCA